GCCCACCCCGCGGGCGCGCCUGUUUCUCGCUCGCAGUCGACCGGCGCCUGGCCCGGGACCGCUCGCUCGCCGGCUCGCUCGGAGCGCGCAGCCUUCUCGGCCGCACGGAGGACGCGGCCCGCGCACCCAGCCCACCGCCCCGGCCCCGCGCCACCGCCCGCCGGGGUCCGAGCUCCGAGCGCGCACGCGGCUCCCCGAGCCUCCGGGGCGCGCAGCUGGCGGGCAGCCGCGGGGAGGGCGGCGGCCGGCUGGGGAUGGGCGGCCCGGCGGCGCGGAGGGGCGGCCGGGGGCUCGGCGCGCUGCUCCUGGUGCUGCUGGCGGCGGGCUCCCCCGCGGGCGCCUACAACCUGGACCCGCAGCGCCCCGUGCGCUUCCAGGGCCCCGCCGGCUCCUUCUUCGGCUACGCGGUGCUGGAGCACUUCCACGACAACACGCGCUGGGUCCUCGUGGGCGCACCCAAGGCGGAGUCCAAGUACAGCACUUCAGUGAAGUCUCCCGGGGCCGUGUUUAAGUGCCGGGUCCACACCAACCCAGACUACAGAUGCACCGAACUGGACAUGGCUCGAGGAAAGCACCGGGGUGCGUCUUGUGGGAAGACCUGCAGGGAAGACCGGGAUGAUGAGUGGAUGGGCGUGAGUUUGGCCCGGCAGCCCAAGGCAGAUGGGCGUGUUGUACGGUGUGCACAUUCCUGGAAGCACAGACACUUUGCUGCGCUACAUCUNNNNCCCCAUGGCUUCUGUUACAUCAUCCCACCCAACCUCCAGGCCAAAGGCAGGACGCUGAUCCCCUGCUAUGAAGAGUACAAGAAGAAGUACGGCGAGGAACACGGCUCCUGCCAGGCUGGGAUGGCAGGCGUCUUCACCGAGGAGCUGGUGGUGAUGGGGGCCCCAGGCUCCUUUUAUUGGGCUGGGACAAUCAAAGUGCUGAAUAUCACAGACAACACCUAUUUCAAACUGAAUGAUGAAACAGUCAUGAACAGGCGAUACACCUACCUGGGUUAUGCUGUUACUGCCGGUCACUUCUCUCACCCAUCCACCAUGGAUGUGGUAGGCGGCGCCCCACAGGAUGAAGGCAUUGGAAAGGUUUAUAUUUUUCGAACUGAUCGAAGAUCGGGUACCUUAAUUAAGAUUUUUCAGGCGUCAGGUAAAAAGAUGGGCUCUUACUUCGGCUCCUCCUUAUGCGCAGUUGACCUGAAUGUGGACGGCCUCUCCGACCUGCUGGUGGGGGCCCCCAUGUUUUCUGAGAUCAGAGACGAGGGGCAGGUCACCGUCUACAUCAACAAAGGAAAUGGAGCCAUGGAGGAGCAGCUGGCCCUGGCUGGGGAUAGUGCCUACAAUGCACACUUUGGGGAGAGCAUCGCCAGCCUGGGCGAUCUGGACGAUGAUGGGUUCCCAGAUGUGGCCAUUGGUGCGCCCAAGGAGGACGACUUCUCGGGGGCGGUUUACAUCUACCAUGGGGACGCCGCAGGGAUCGUUCCUCAGUACUCAAUGAAACUGGCUGGGCGGAAGAUAAGUCCAGUUCUACGGAUGUUUGGCCAGUCCAUUUCAGGGGGCAUUGAUAUGGAUGGAAAUGGCUAUCUGGAUGUAACGAUUGGCGCCUUCAUGUCUGACAGUGUGGUUCUUUUAAGGGCGAGACCCGUCAUCACAGUGGAUGUCUCCAUAUUCCUCCCUGCCUCUAUCAACAUCACAGCACCUCAGUGUCAAGAUGGACUUCAGCCCGUGAACUGCCUUAAUGUGACUGCCUGCUUUAGCUUCCAUGGCAAACACGUUCCAGGAGAAAUUGGCCUGAAUUAUGUGCUGACAGCAGAUGUGGCCAAGAAGGAGAAGGGCCAGUUGCCCAGGGUCUACUUGGUGUUGCUGGGGGAGUCUGUGGGUCAGGUCAUGGAGACGCUGCAGCUGACCCACAGGGAGGAGACCUGCCGUCACUACGUGGCCCACGUGAAGCGGAGGGUGCAAGACGUCAUCAGCCCCAUCGUGUUUGAAGCUGCCUACAGCCUGGGAGAGCACGUGACCGGGGAGGAGGAAAGGGAGCUGCCGGCGCUGACGCCCGUGCUCCGCUGGAAGAAGGGACAGAAAAUCGCCCAGAAGAACCAGACUGUUUUUGAAAGAAACUGCCGUUCUGAAGACUGUGCUGCUGACCUUCAACUCCGGGGUCAGCUGCUGCUCUCCGGCAUUGAUGAGAAAACCCCAUACCUUGCACUGGGGGCUGUGAAGAAUAUCUCCCUUAACAUGUCCAUCACCAACCUCGGGGAUGAUGCCUAUGAUGCCAACGUAUCUUUCAACGUGUCCCGAGAGCUCUUCUUCAUCAACAUGUGGCAGAAGGACGAAAUGGGCAUUUCCUGUGAACUGCUGGAAUCGGACUUCCUAAAGUGCAGUGUAGGAUUUCCUUUCAUGAGGUCAAAGUCAAAGUAUGAAUUCAGCGUGAUCUUUGAUACAAGCCACCUGUCUGGAGAGGAGGAAGUUCUUAGCUUCAUCAUUACAGCUCAGAGUGGCAACGUGGAACGCUCAGAAUCCCUGCACGACAACACACUCACGCUGAUGGUGCCACUGGUGCAUGAAGUGGACACGUCUAUCACUGGAAUCAUAUCUCCAAGCUCCUUUGUGUAUGGAGAGUCUGUGGAGGCAUCCAACUUCAUUCAGCUGGAGGAUUUGGAGUGUCAUUUCCAGCCCCUUAACAUCACUCUUCAGGUCUAUAACACUGGGCCCAGCACUCUGCCGGGGUCAUCUGUCAUCAUCUCUCUCCCCAAUCGAUUGUCCUCUGGAGGUGCAGAGAUGUUCCAUGUCCAAGAGAUGGUGGUGGGACAAGAGAAGGGAAACUGUUCUUUCCAGAAAAACCCAACCCCUUGCAUCAUCCCUCAAGAACAAGAAAACAUCUUCCAUACGAUAUUUGCCUUUUUCACAAAGUCUGGAAGAAAAGUCUUGGACUGUGAGAAACCAGGAAUUUCUUGCCUCACCAUGCACUGUAACCUUAGCGCCCUCUCGAAAGAAGAAAGCCGAACUAUAGACAUUUACAUGCUACUGAACACAGAGAUAUUGAAGAAGGACAGCUCCUCAGUCCUCCAAUUCAUGACCCGAGCCAAGGUGAAGGUGGACCCUGCCCUCCGGGUAGUGGAAAUAGCCCAUGGGAACCCAGAAGAGAUGAUGGUGGUCUUCGAGGCCUUGCACAAUCUGGAACCCCGUGGCUACGUCGUGGGCUGGAUCAUCGCCAUCAGUCUUCUGGUGGGGAUCCUCAUCUUCCUGCUGCUCGCUGUGCUGCUCUGGAAGUUGGGUUUCUUUCGUCGAAGGUACAAAGAAAUUAUUGAAGCUGAGAAGAACCGAAAAGAAAAUGAAGACAGUUGGAACUGGGUCCAGAAAAACCAGUGACCUGCCGCACCAGUCAUAUGACCCAAUCCUUGAUUUGCCUGUUGUCCUUGAUCUUUGUAUCUUCCAUAUUUGGAAGAAAGAAUCUUCUCCAGAUUUUUCGGAGGCCCCACUGAUGCUGUUCUGGUCCUCAUCCUGUCAAGUCCAAGUGCCCACCUGAGGCAGCCGCUAUGGCUAGGUCACAUGACUCAAGCUGCCAUCACUUCCUUUGAAAGAUGAACUCUGAAUUUUGGGAAUCAAGCUACAGAGCCGAGCAAUAUUUAUGGAUGCAACAUGUGUGGUCAACCCUCAGGGGAAAACUGUUACCUAAAAGUAUUUUUAUAAAUAUAAACCUUUUAUACUGAUUAUGUCUUUAUAUUUGUACCAAUCAAUGUUUUAUUAUUUCUAUUAAAUACUUAUAUGAUUCACUCAAGCACUGAUUAUCUGGCCUGAAAUCUGGGAAAUACAUGUACAUUCAUACAAAUUUUGAAAGCGAGAAAAGCUUAUCAUACUUUGGAACUUGCUGUUAAAAAAGACUCAUGGAUGUGACCAUCUGAAGAAACCUCAUGUAAAAAAAAAAAAAAUCCACCAAGCGAAUGGUGCUGCCUGGAAACUGUGGUUGUGGCAAGACCCCAGGCAUUUCACAUUUCACUUCUUUAUUACCUGGAGUCAAGUUUGAAGUCACGUACUAAGAAGAAAAAAAAAAAAACUCAAGAAAUUCCUCAUAUGUACCUUUCAUUGGAAGAUUCUCAAUGGGAAUUUGGAUGGAAAAAAGAACCCUGGUUCCUAGCAACAGGUCUGCUCUACUUCACCUUUGUCCAACAGACAUCUCACCCUCCUUCCACUUGGAUUAGCAGAUGAAAUCUUGGAGCAAUGUCAGGGGGUCAUCUGGUAAACCUCAGAAUGGCAUCUCAUCCUGGACAACACACAUUAGAGUCCACAUACCACAAGGACGAAGCCUGCACCCACCUGGCAAAGACUUGUGUCUGAAUGCUGACUGCUGUGUCUGAACCUUUUCAUAGCAACCUGAAAUCAGACAUCUCCAUUUUCCCUGUCACUCCUGUUGUCCCAGCUAACAAUUGCAGGUUCUUCCCCAGAGAUGACCAUUCACCCUGUUCUGGAGUCAGAUGCGCUACCAUUACGCGAUGAGGUCCUCCGUUCACUCUGUUCCGAGCAUAGUACUGGUGCCUUCCGCUCACUGCUGCACAUGUUGAAUUUUUGGCCUCCACUAGUCAAACUCUGGAUUUGGCAGUGAUCAUUAUCAGAAGCACUGUGCUGCUUAAUUUUAAGCAGUUUGAUUUUGUUAAAAAAAAAAAAAAAAUGCCAUGAGAUAAUGGAUAUCAUCUGGAUGCAUCUGGCCUGCAGAGAACACUCAAUAAGUGUUAGCAGCUCAGACUGCCGUUGUCACUGCUGCAUAGUCAGUUGAAAGGAGAGAAUGUGCGGCCAAAAGCAGAGGUCUAACAGGACUCCUUAGUGGCUGAUUACAGCCUGUUCAAAUCGCAGGUCGAAACAGAGGGCAUCAGAUCGGGAGGAAACAGGACCAGGCAGCUUCUCACAGGGUCUUGUUUACUCAAAGUUUACAUGUUGAGAGUCUGUGAGCAUGGUUGAGAAGACGCAGACCUCACCUUCAGGACAGCCAGGUGUUCUAUAUAUUGAUACAUUCUUGGCUAAUACGUGCAACUAGAUCUAACGUGUUGGCAAAAUUCCUCCAAGGAUGCUGGACAGUUGCAAAGCUGUCAGGGAACCUGUGACUUUGGGUUUCAUACUAGACAGUCAAUUAUUGUAGAAAUGGCUCACUUUCCUGGUGAACGCAGGGACAGAUAACAAAAUCCGGAGGGUCAGUGGCAUCAGUCAGGUUGAGCAAAGAAUGAAAUCAAGCGGUGUUGCUUCACCCCUGAAUGGAGGACACUACAGAGGAGAUUCAGGCAAAGAAAUCAGCUCACUCUCCGAGUUUGCCUGUGAGCUUUACAACAGUUAGACAAGUGGAUUUUAGCCAUUCACUUAACAGGCCUAGAGGGGCCAUUGCUGGGCAUGAGGCACUGCUAAAAGCUCGAGCUCACUACACCCACCCACUUACACACAAACACACACACACACACACACACGCACACACACGCACACCUUUCCAGGGGAGACAAACCUUCUUCUGAGGCCCUUCUGCAGUCUCCCUUUGACAGACUCUUUGUUCUUUGUGUCGUGUUUAAUAAGCCAUUUAGGAUUCUUACUUAGGUGGUGAUUCUGGGAUGGCUCCAGAGUGGCUUCAGCCAAAUGCCUUUAUCAGUCACUAGCCCCCUACAAAGAGGAAGAUAUUUCAGCAGCAGUGUUGUAGGGAAAAUCGAAGUUUCAUGGUUGCAUCUUCCAGAGUGGGGGAUGGAAGACUUCAUCUGAGGGAGGGCAGUGUCAGACACAGAGCUGGGAUCCGCCGAUGAUCCUGGAGACUUAAGUAUGGCUGGUCAUUAAGACUUCAUAAGGCAGGCGUUAUUUGGUGUGACCAAGAGCAAAUAUUGGGGGUUACUACAGGAACUCAUCUGGAGAAGGAUGUUGCCUCUAUGUGUCUGAUCAGGUGGGACUACAGAGACCAGGGAGAUUUAGCACAAUGAUAAGGGAAAGAAGCUAAGCACACAGCUGACCUACUCUGGCCAGAUCCAAAGCUCUCAAUAAUCUCUCAGGGGAAGCAGAGAAGGUGGCUUGGUAUAGCUAUGUUACUUCCUUAGAAUAUUAAAAUUCCACAGUGAAUUCCUUCCUGCUUCUGUGGGUUUGCUGUGGAAUUCUAUAAGAUAUUCUCUUUGCAUGUUAUUGUUAUUUCAGUCUAUUUCAACUUUAAAUUAUGUAUUCAUAAUACAUAACUGUCAGAAGGUAAAAAGGAUCUCUGUAGAAAAUGAGUAAUUGCCCUUUUUAAAAAAAUGAUUCCCUUAUGCUCAAUUUCUACUAGUCUCAGCAAGUUUGGAGCACCCUCAGAGUGAGUUCUAGAACUGGCAAAGAAGAGCCCAGGAAAUGUAGGGACAAGAAGAGACUACUAGAAGUAAGUAGACACACUGCCUUUAAAGCCAUUACCAGGCAAAACGUCCAGAAUCACUUCCUUCUGUGGUCACAAGGCUUUCCCAGCCAGUUCUUCAAGAAAAUUCCAUCAGCAUCACCAGGAGUAUUUCGAAAUAUAACAAACGUUUUAGAAAGUCUGCCAUAGAAUCGUGUGUAGUCUACAAUACUUGGUCAAAGGCAUGGAGACUGAAGACCAGUAAGGGCCAGGGAUGUAGCUCAGUGGUAGAACACAAGAUCUACAUGUAUGAGGACUUGGGUUUGAUCCCCAGCAUUCUCCCCCACCCCCGCCCCCCAAAACAGAACAGCAGCAUUCCUGGAAACUUGCUCUGCUAUACAGAGCAAUGACACAGAUAGUGGAGAAGAUUUUCUGAGACAAAGAAUGGCUGCAGGGAGACAACAGAGUUGGUAGGGCCCAAAUGGACCUUCUAGCAUAGCUUCUGACUUUCAUUCAGCACAUGGUGGUGGUGUGUUGGGGGGGCGGGGGGAGGGUGCUGAGCAAAUCCCCCUCGUGAUGCUAUGUUUUUGUAGCACAAGAUUUUGUGGUGGUUUUAGACAAAUAAUCAUUCUACUGUGCAUGACAUGAUUGGCAGUGUGAGUUUUGAAAAGCUUGGAGAGUGAUUAACUGCAUGGCAGGCACCCACACUAACUUCCUUCCCAGAACUCGACCAGCACACCCAGUUUGUUUUCCUUGAGGAAUUUUGCUGGGAAGGGUGUUGUUCCCCCUCACAGAGUCACGUGUAUUUAAGCCUAAGCUGUCACUUCUAACUCACUUGCACUGUUUGGGAAAUACAGGUUUACAAAUAAUAAUAAUACAUGUUUGGAAUUAAAAAGAAAAUGGCUAUAAAUGGUUGAA